ACAUGAUGCCCGUCAAUACGGUGACCAAGCCUGGGUUCAAUAAUUUGGUAACUACACUGGAUAAGAGGUACAGAAUGCCCUCCCGCACGUAUUUCAGUCAGACUGCAAUACCCGAGCUACAUAUGCAAUGUAGGCGGAGGGUUGCAGCGGAGUUAAAGGCUGUUGAGUUUUUUGCGGCGACAACAGACAUGUGGUCAAGCCGUACAGCAGAGCCCUAUCAAAGUCUGACGGUGCAUUACAUUACCGAAGACCUCCACCUCGAAGCUCGCAGCCUACAAACGGCCUACUUCCCCGAAGACCACACAGGGGAAAACAUUGCUGCUGGCCUGAGAGAGGGGCUUGCGUGUUGGGAUCUCCCUGAAGACAACCUUGUCUGCAUAACGACGGACAACGCGUCAAAUAUGGUGAAAGCAGCACAGCUGAACGAAUGGACCAGGCUCCAGUGUUUCGGACACAGAUUACAUCUUGCUAUUGAAAAUGCAAUCAAAGAUGGUAGAGUAUCAAGAGCAAUUGGGCUGUGCAAGAAGUUGGUGGGGCACUUCUCGCACAGUUGGAAGAAAAAGGCAGCACUCACUGAGGCACAGAAGGAGCUUAAGCUUCCUGAGCACUCUCUCAUUACUGAGUGCCCUACAAGAUGGGGGUCCAAAGAGAAAAUGAUUGCCAGAGUGCUGGAACAGAUGAAAGCCAUAUCGCAGGUAUUGACAGGUGACCGACAUGCACGCUCCCUCAUCCCAACCUGGCAGGAUGCUGAAGUGUUGGAGUCCAUUCAUAAGGCACUGCAUCCUCUCUCCGAAUUUACUGAUGCUCUUUCUGGAGAAGAGUAUGUGAGCAUCUCCUACCUCAAGCCAGUUCUCCAUCUUCUGGCAACAUCAGUCUUGGCUGAAGAUGCUGAGGACACUGAUCUGACUAGAUCAAUUAAAACCAAGGUCCUGGCAUACCUCAACGACAAGUAUAGUGACCUCAACACCCAGGAGCUUUUGGAUGUUGCGUCGUUCAUGGACCCUAGGUUCAAAACGCAAUACAUCAGCGCAGACAACCUUCCUGCCAUUAAGGCCCGACUGAAGACAGAAAUGGUGGAAUCGGCUAGACGUACACAUAAUCAGGAGAAGAGGUCUCGCACUGAAACUGCUCAAAAUUCUCCAAGUGCACAGGCCUCUGGGGAAAGGCAAAGAAGACUCUUGGUAGUCUUUUUAAAACCAGUGCGGCCUCUUCAGCUUUUGCCUCUGCCACUUGAAGAUGUCGUGGAGGCAGAGUUGAAUAGUUACCUGUUGACCCCUGUCAUUGACGGAGAGGAUGAUCCCUUAGCCUGGUGGAAGGUGCACAACAUUCACUUUCCACGACUGUGCAAGAUGGCCCGCAAAUAUCUGUGUGUGCCAGCCACAAGUGCCCCCUCAGAGCGUCUGUUCAGCACUGGAGGAAUAUAG